AUGCGCGGGUCGUGUCUCCAUUACGCUCCGGCCGGCACCGAGGAGGUUCUCGGGGAGCCAUCGACCCGCCACCGACCUCCGCUGCUCACGACGUGCCGCUGGAUAGCUCGACUACGCAGCGUCCUGGUGUGGAACCAACCAUUGUCUCUGGAAAAUCCUGUGCAUGAUGUCCAACCAGGGGAUACAGUGUAUAUUAAGAACUGGAAUGAAGAACCUUUAAAGGAACGGUGGGCCAGAUCCUAUCGGGUCUUACUGACAACCUUUACAGCUAUCAAGGAUCAGAGUCACACAAAAGUUUCUCAGUACCGCCAAGACCAUUCUUUGAUUAUGAGAUCCAUUGUCCACAUGACUGAUGCUGCUCAUUCAGGAAUUAUGCCUCCCUCUCAGCUCACCACCAUUAACCAGUCUCAGCGAAGGACACAGCUGGGGCUAAAUUUAGGAGGCACUAACUUGCCACACACUUCUCCCUCCCCUCCUGCAAGUAAAUCAGCCACUCCUUCCCAGUCCAGCUCUAUAAAUGAAGAAGAUGCAGAUGAAUCAAAUAGAGCUACUGGAGAAAAAAGAGCUGCCCCAGAUUCUGGCAAGAAGCCCAAGACUCCAAAGAAGAAGAAAAAGAAAGAUCCCAAUGAGCCACAAAAGCCAGUGUCAGCAUAUGCCCUUUUCUUCAGAGAUACACAAGCUGCAAUUAAAGGGCAGAACCCAAAUGCUACGUUUGGAGAGGUUUCAAAAAUAGUGGCAUCGAUGUGGGACAGUUCAGGAGAACAAAAACAGAUUUAUAAAAGAAAAACUGAAGCUGCCAAAAAAGAAUACCGAAAGGCACUUGCAGCCUAUAGAACAAGCCUUGUUUCCAAGGCUGCUGAAGAGUCUGCUGAGGCCCAGACAAUUCGUUCUGUCCAGCAAACAUUGGCAUCCACAAAUUUGUCUUCCUCCCUUAUUCUGAAUACUUCCCUCUCUCAACGUGCAACAGUAUUGGCGUCUCCUCAAAGUCUUCAACAGUCCCUUUCCAGAGUAAUUGCUCCAAAACCUCUAACCAUCGGACUGCCAAUGAUUGUAGCGUCUGUUAACAUUGCACCAAACAUGCCAACAAACAUUGCAGCUCUAUUGUUAAGCUCUAUGGGAACAAAUAUGGUAGCAACACCAUCUUCAUCUCUGUCCUGGUUUCAGUUAGGACAGAGUUAUUUUUCCUCCUAGUAGCUGGUA